AUGGCGAACGCGAGCGAGCCGGGCGGCGGCGGCGGCGGCGGCGAGGCGGCCGCCCUGGGCCUCAAGCUGGCCACGCUCAGCCUGCUGCUGUGCGUGAGCCUCGCGGGCAACGUGCUGUUCGCGCUGCUGAUCGUGCGGGAGCGCAGCCUGCACCGCGCCCCGUACUACCUGCUGCUCGACCUGUGCCUGGCCGACGGGCUGCGCGCGCUCGCCUGCCUCCCGGCCGUCAUGCUGGCGGCGCGGCGGGCAGCGGCCGCCGCGGGGGCGCCGCCGGGCGCGCUGGGCUGCAAGCUGCUCGCCUUCCUGGCCGCGCUCUUCUGCUUCCACGCCGCCUUCCUGCUGCUCGGCGUGGGCGUCACCCGCUACCUGGCCAUAGCGCACCACCGCUUCUACGCCGAGCGCCUGGCCGGCUGGCCGUGCGCCGCCAUGCUGGUGUGCGCCGCCUGGGCGCUGGCGCUGGCUGCGGCCUUCCCGCCCGUGCUGGACGGCGGCGGCGGCGGCGGCGACGACGAGGACGCGCCGUGCGCCCUGGAGCAGCGACCCGACGGCGCCCCCGGCGCGCUGGGCUUCCUGCUGCUGCUGGCCGUGGUGGUGGGCGCCACGCACCUCGUCUACCUCCGCCUGCUCUUCUUCAUCCACGAUCGCCGCAAGAUGCGGCCCGCGCGCCUCGUGCCCGCCGUCAGCCACGACUGGACCUUCCACGGCCCCGGUGCCACCGGCCAGGCGGCCGCCAACUGGACAGCGGGCUUCGGCCGCGGGCCCACGCCGCCCGCGCUCGUGGGCAUACGGCCGGCUGGGCCCGGCCGCGGCGCGCGCCGCCUCCUCGUGCUCGAGGAGUUCAAGACAGAGAAGAGGCUGUGCAAGAUGUUCUAUGCCAUCACGCUGCUCUUCCUGCUCCUCUGGGGCCCCUACGUCGUGGCCAGUUACCUGCGGGUCCUGGUGCGGCCCGGCGCUGUCCCCCAGGCCUACCUGACGGCCUCCGUGUGGCUUACCUUCGCGCAGGCCGGCAUCAACCCGGUCGUCUGCUUCCUCUUCAACAGAGAGCUCAGGGACUGCUUCCGGGCCCAGUUCCCCUGCUGCCAGAGCACCCAGGCCACCCAGGCCACCCUCCCCUGCGACUUGAAAGGCAUCGGUUUAUAAGUGGCUCUCCCGCCACCUGCACCCCAACCCAGCCUCUCCCUUUGGCUUGGACAGUGACGUCUUUUCUCCCCCUUCUGCCCCCUUUUUAAUUUUCUGAGCUGCCUUCAAAACGGCUCUCGAAGUGCAUCAUCUCUAGGAUUGUACAGACUCCUUUUGGGGGAGGGUUUCGAAGUCCCAGCCCCACCCCAGCACCUUGGGAUUGACCUCCUGAAUAUAGUUUCAUCCUGACAGUAGAACCUGGAGUCUUUGUACUGGCACUGAUGUCUUUUAUUCCAUGAGUUACUUUUUUUUUUUUUUCAAUAAAGGCUAAACUAAUUUUCUUCAUGCAACCUUUCCUAAAGACCAUGGCCAGUUUUCUACAGAAGCUAUUUUUGACAACCUCAAGUGGCAUUACAUUUUGCAGUGAGGUAGAGGGACCCAGGGGGACUUCACAAGUUCAAUUUCUUGAGGGUCUUGUUGGCAGCGGGAGAAAGAGGGAAAGUUGUCUCAAGUUCCUUCUGAAUUGCCAUCGGUGGGGUCAGUUGGACUGCUCUGGUUCUUUAAAGGCGUUGAGAAUUUUGUUCAGUAUUGAUAUUGAAUUUAAAGAGCAGAAAUGGGAACGAGUAGCAAGGCAGUCAUUUUUAAUCAGUAACCAGUAACACAAGAUUUGUUUCCUACCUUGCUUUAUACUACUAGGAAAUGCCCGUCGGCGACAACUGCUCUUUGUAUCAUACCAAUCUUUGGAGUGGAAACAUUUCUGUAAAACUGUACCUUUCAAAAGAGUAAAAAGUGUUUUGGUUAGUAAUGGUGUGGAGAAAACACAGUAUUGCAUGUUUUUGUACGUACUGAUUGUGGUUCAUGGAUUGGGAGGGCUCAGAGACAAGCAGAGUACUAAAUCAAAACUGUUUAGGUAUUUUUUGCCAAUUAAAAUUAAAAUAAUUUUAGGGGAACAGUUUGUGCUUUGAAGAGCCCAGUUUUAUUCUGUCUUAUUGCCACUUUGAAAAUUGUUAUUCUUUUGUUCAUGGUAUAAAUGGGUGGAAUUUAAUGAUACUCUACUUCUAUGAGACAAAGCAUUUCCUUAAAAUGUUUGCUAGGUUAAGCUGUGCUGUUCUCCUGAUGGUUAUUUUAAAUUAAUAAUGAGAACUAUAAUUUUAAAUACUAUUUCUUUGUUAGACACACUGUAACCUUAAGUUGAAAGACUAAAUUCUGCAAGUACUGUAUUUUUUCGCUUAUAAUGCUACAUUUUUAUUAACGUAUCUUCUGUUUUGAGGAUUUAUAUCUGUAUUUCUCUUUGCAUUAUAUAAAUAUACCAGUAUUUUCAUUCUGGAGUGGGUUUUUGUUCCUGUUGUUGUUUGAGGCUGUGACAGGUGGUGAUAUGCGUCUAAGUAAGGUACUCAUGUUUUUAUUAUCCUUUUAGUGCAUGCUGUUUAGCUGACCAUAAUUUCUAAGACAUUUGGAGGCUUGUUAACUUAAAAUGCAAGAUGAAAAAUCUGCAGAUCUUCUCUUCAAGGAAAGAAGUAGUAUAUAU